AUGGUACGUCAAUGUAAACUACAGAAGCUUCAUGUACUUGUUACGCCUGAAGAGAAGAAGAUUCGGAGGCAAAAGCAAUUACGUAAACGCUACCAAGACAACGUUAGGAAACAAAUACAAGAAACAACAAGUGAUCAAAAUUCUGACGUAAAUUUAGUUGAUCAUAUUCUCUCGGAAUAUCUCUCUGCAAAUAGUGAUCCCAUUGAAUAUGAUGCAAUAGGGAUUGUUCAUGAAAAUCAAGAACAUAUUACAAUGAAAGAUUCAAUUGACCAAUCAAUAAAAAAAUAUUACGAGGCAAAAGAAAUUGUGGGAAAAAGUGGCAUUCAUAUCACAAGUGACAUAGCACAUGCCCCAAUUUCAUCUCUACUAGAAAUAGUUCAAGAGAAGGGAUUAGGCUCUCGCCUUCCAAAGCAAAGGCUAAAAGGCCACCCUUUGCUCUGGAUCAUCCCAUCUAAAGUUUGUAGCAAGUGCAAUGCAAUUGUUUGGAAAGAGGAGAAAGUAAAUGGCAAGAAAAAACUUGAGUCAUACUAUACAACCUGUUGCAAAAAUGGAAAGAUUAUUCUACCCCAUUUUCGUAGGGCACCAAAAAGGCUUCGUAGACUUUUGAACCCAAGCAACCUCGAUGCACACAGUAGAAGAUUUCGUGAACACAUACGUUCAUUUAAUUCAAUGUUCUGUAUGACUUCGCAUGGAGCGAAGAUUGACUAUAAUGUUAUGCGUGGUAAAGGACCUUACACAUUUAGAAUGCAUGGCCAAAACUAUCAUGCGAUUAGAUCCUUAAUACCUGAACCACCUAAUAAACCUAGGUAUGCUCAGUUGUGUAUAUAUGAUACAGCAAAUGAGAUUGAAAAUAGAUAUCGAUCUUUAAAUCGAACUAGCCUUCCAAGUGAGGCGAUGGAAAUAAUGGACAAAGAGAUCAUAGUUGAUGUUAAACUUGAGCUCGAUUCUGUCAAUGGAUAUGUCCAGGAGUUUAGGAAGGAAAGAGACUUCCAUGAAAUGAACCAAACAGCUGAGUUUGCACUAAGAUUAAUUGAAAAUCGAAAUCGAGGGUUAAGCAACUAUAAUCGCCCCCAAGCAGAUGAUAUUGCCGUCCUCAUGCUUGGCGAUGAGUUUGAAGAAAACAAAGGGCGUGACAUUAUUAUAAAACAUAAGAAGAAAGGAUUUCAGCGUAUAACUGAAUUGCAUCCAUCUUACAUGCCGCUACAAUAUCCGUUACUAUUUCCUUACGGUGAGGAUGGAUGGCAUAUGGGUUUACAAAACCAUAAUCUUAAUGGAAAAAAUAGAAAAAGAAAAAAAAUGAGCAUGAAAGAUUAUUAUGCAUAUCGACUUCAGCAACGCACAACUGAAGCGACAACUCUUUUGCAAGGUGGAAGGCUUCUUCAACAGUUCAUAGUUGAUGCUUAUGCCGCAGUUGAAGAAGAGUGUCUAUGUUGGAUUAGAAAUAACCAGAGGACACUUCGUGCUGAACUAUAUAAGGGUCUGUGUGAUGCAUUAGAGGCCGGCGAUAGCAACACAGCAUAA